CGCGCACUCACAAUACACACAUAUACAGCUUCUCGAAAUUCUCGCCACACGCACUUGACAUUUUUGUUUUUUUAUAAAUAAUUCCCGAAUUCGCACCCACUGCGGCCCGGUUGUCACUUCGCACAUUCAUUCAUUCGGUGGAGGAGUCCGGGUUAAGCCACAACACGCAGAUUUUUUGUGCGGCAGUGAAAUUUAAAUUUUUAAGAAAUACUAUAAAUAAAGUGUGAAAUCAUGUCUUAUCAACGCCCUGCAUUCUGGCACUAUAGGUCUGGACAGGGUAAAAAACAGAAACAAUUUGACUGUGGCACGCUGUAAAUGGGGGGCAAAACGCACGAACUCGUCGUCACUCUUCACCGAGACUCCCCGACCGAACAAUGGGGCUUCAGUUUAGUCGGGGGGUCCGAUGUUAAUGCGCCAUUAAUUGUCACCCGAGUGGGUUACCGUUCGCCUUCCGAAGGUAACCUCCAGCGUGGUGACAUUAUCUCAAAGGUUGGGCAGUAUGACGCCCGCGAUAUCCGCCAUCAGGACGCGCAGACUUUGUUCAGCAACGCCGGCAACACCGUGCGCGUAGUUGUGCAAAGGGAGCAAGCAAAGGCAGCGCCUGGAAGUGCCGGCUCAUCGCACACCUACAGCCCUCUGUCGGUGUCCCCACAUUUGUCACCAAGAGGUGGGAAUGUCUCCAGCCCAUCUGUGUACAGUCCCGGUGCGUUAGCCCUUCAGCCCUACUAUGGACUGCCAUUCACGCCUCUUGAUCAUAUGCACUAUACCGUCGAGGAAGCCAUCCCACGUCAUGCCAGGAAUAAGGACGAUCCCAACACGGAUGUACAUGUCGUCAACCAGCCGUAUCGCACGACUCCUUUGGUCCUGCCUGGCGCAAAAGUGAAACGUGACGCCGGACCAACCGAAUCCUAUUUGCGUCAUCAUCCGAAUCCGACUGUCAGAGCACGCCCGCAUCAUCUUAUCGAUCACGAUCAAUACUACAAGGAAAAGGUGGCCAAAUCUGUUAUCGAAAGAAUACAGAAUGAAGAUCCCAGCAAACAGAUUGUGCACAAGCAAUUCAAUUCGCCCAUCAACUUGUACAACGAAGGAAAUAUUGCCGAUACUAUUUACAAACAAACAGGAGUGCCAGCAGCUAGCGUUCGUAAGCCAGCAGCCACGUACAAUCCUGAAGAAUCUGAAACAUACAAAGCUGUGAAAGAAGGAGAACUUGGUGAAGUCAUCCACCAGGUCGCCGUGCCACCGCAAGCAAAAAUUUUCACUCCCAACAAGGUCCCAGCAGCAAAGAAACCUGGACCAGUUUACUCUUUGCCACAAAAGCAAUCCGGCAGCGCAAUGGGCGACCAGGAAGACAUCCACCAGAGCGGCUCCUUCAAGCGACUCAUGUGGAGCGUGAUGGCAGAAAGCAGUUACUAAACGACCCGGAGCUUACUAAUCAACUUAUUUAUCAUUUAUUUUAUCAAAAUCUAAAAAAGAAACGAACGAAACGCAUGAAUAUAAAACAUUGUUAGUCGUACGACGGAUAUUUUACAAAUAUUCGAAAUUAUCAAAUACUUUUAACUCGACCUUCAACCAUGUCUGUCAAAUUUUAAAAAACCAAAACAUCAACACGAACACGAACAGGAACAAGAACACAAAGAGCAUGAAUGAACAUCAAUGAAUUGAAAUUAAAGUUUGGUAGGUAUGAGCUGAGUCAGUUAACUUAAUAAUACUCCUAUUAUUCUAAACAGAAAACUAUUUUAUGAUAUACGAUAUUAUAUAUAUUUUCUUAUACCGAAUAGCUUAGCCGUUAGCCGCAUAGGUAAAAAGUACAUAUGUUAUUCUCGUAAAUAUUUAAACAAAUGCUAAUUAAACACUAGCACGUAGGAUUUAAUUAAUCGACAAACUUGCAGUGUAUAUGCAAUUUUGUACUGAUUACAUAUUUAAUGUAUAAAUUAUUUUUGAAUGGCGUGAAUUGUUUUGUUGCGUCGUUAUUAUUUUUUGAUUUAUGAUCAAUUACGAAAAGUCGAGUGUAUUCUAGUCAAAACAAAAUUGUGGUGUAAUUGUUGUCUUUCUUGAUGCCAUUUUAAUGAAAUCUUUAACACAGCGAGUGGGAAUGUUUUAAUCUGCGCUAUACGAUGCUAAUACCUGCUUAUUUAUAGCUUAAACAAUCGAUAAACAAUCAACUUGUUACUUAUGUAAUGUGUACGCACACAUUUAUAUUUGUUGUAAUUUAUUUAUUGUAACUUAAUAAAUAUAAUUUAUUAUACUCAUUAAA